AUGGAGAGUUCGAUUAACUUAACAGCAUCGAAAUUAGAUCUUUUAACAUUAGAAGAACUAAGAGACCCUAAUUUAAUCAGUCGGUAUCCACCACUUUUCCAACGAAGGCAAAACUAUGUGGAUAUAAAAUGUGAUUCGUUAACCAAGAUUGGCCGUCCCUUCCCACAACCGCAACAGCAACAACAACAACAUCAACAACAACAACAACAACAACAUAACAGAUCUAAAGUAUAUGAAACAACUCACCUGUCCUUGUUCAACUGUUCCCAAACACUACCACUGCCACAUCAACAGAAGCCACAACAACUUGCACAGCCAGGAUUCUCCUCUGGCUCCAAGGAAACUAUAGAAAGGAAACCACAUCGGAGUCUAACCACCUUCUUCAAACUUUCUUCUAAAAAAUCCAAACAACUAGAACGACAAGAAACGUUACGGAGAUCAAUCAGCAGGCCAUAUUAUCAAGUUAAAGACCAAAAGGAACCUGAACAGCCAAACCAUCAUUCAGAAACGAUCGAACCAAUAUACGUUCACCCAUUAUAUCCUUUCAAAACCAAGCGAUCCAUCAAAAUCAAAAAGGAUCCAUCAAUAUCACCAACAAAUAGAUCAGACAAUGGAGCAACUUUGGCAAGGUCUUCUAAUUCACAACACCGAGUAAGAUUAGUUCGAGGUCAGAAUCAUCUCCUUCUCCCACCGUCACCCGGACAACAACAACAACUAUCAGCUAUUAAUAGCCUAGUUGUACCUCCUGUUGGAUCAAGUCAAGUGAUUGGUAAUCCUGCAGAGUACUCAAGCACAAUUGUCCAUCCCAAUAUGCGACAAGCGCAAAUAAGUCAUAAUAAUAGACAACAAGCAGACUUUAUACGAUAUGACAUGAUGAAUUUGGAUAAUGGUAAUGCAUUAUCACCAAUUAUUGAUGAAUCUGAAUUUACAUCGGCACAAUUGAAUCAACCAAGUCAAAAUAACAUUAACAAUUUGAAUGAAAUAUUGAUUCCAACUUCAACAUUCUUUGUCCCCACCACUAGUGAUUCUGAUGAAAGUUAUUAUAGCGUUGAAGAUGAAGUUCCACAUUUUGCGACCGUAAGCAACACAAAUGAUAUUAGAGUACAUGCUCGGUCGCAGCAGCACCAUCACCAUCGUCAUCAUCAUCAUCAUCAUCGCCACCUUCGUCAAGUGUCGUCUCCAUUGUACAGAUUCAACGACGAUGAAACGGCAAGGUAUGCCCUGCUGCCAUUUGCCACACAAAGCCAUUCUCCUGUGAGAGGGAGGUGA